UCGCAAUGUGCACAAGCUGUUGUUUUACUGUUUACAAACAUCGUGUCAUGAGUUCACAGAAGGCAAAAUGAAGUUACUUGCUUGGGGUGCAAAUACAUAUGGUCAGCUGGGAGUUGGUUAUAAAUCUGAGCUUUGUGCUGAACCUGCUGAAGUGAGAGCUCCAACAAUUGACCCAAAGUUGCUUACAAGACUUUGUGGAGGUGGAGGCCAUACACUCAUUUUGGAUAAAAAUGGAAACAUUUAUUCCUGUGGCUGGAAUAACAAAGGCCAAUUAGGUCGGUCUGUGGAAGAGCAAGCAAUAUCUUUUGAACAUAUAGCAGCUCUUUCAGGGCAUCAUAUCAUUGAUAUCAGUUGUGGCUGGGAAACAAGUUUUGCUCUGACAAAGGAUGGGAAAUUAUUUGGUUGGGGCUCCAAUGUCUAUGGACAACUGUCUCUGCCAAGGGAUCAGGUUACAUUCAGUGCCUCACCUCUCCAGUUGACAGACCAUAAAGUGAAACAACUUUCAUCUGGUCUAAGACACACAGCAGUUGUCACUGAACAGGGUGAUGUAUUUGUUUGCGGUAGUGGAAGAAAAGGGCAACUAGGAAUUGUACAUUAUGGCCAGCCACUUAAAGAAAGUUAUACUUUACAACACGUUCCAGGCUUGCCACCAAUUAAGAUGGUUGCGUGUGGUCAACACCAUACCAUAGCUUUGUCAGUGUGUGGGAAAAUUUUUGUAUGGGGAGACAACAAGUUUGGACAACUGGGAUUUGAUCCUUUACUACAUCACAAUUUUGCCUAUCCUAUACAGCUUGAUUGUUCUGGACGUGAAAGUCUUCCACAAGAAUGCUUACUUUCAUGUGGAUGGACACACACAGUCUUAAGAACAGAAGAGGGAAAGAUAGUUAACUGGGGAAGAAAUAAUUAUGGACAGCUGGGCUGUGCUGAGAAACAAAGACUUGAAAGCUGGAAGCCAACAUUUCUGAAUGAUGUUCCCAGUACAAAACAGAUUGCAGUUGGAUCCGAACAUAAUGUGGCUUUGUCUGAGAACGGUGAAGUGCUAUGCUGGGGCUGGAAUGAACAUGGCAGCUGUGCGACAGGAGCUGAUGUGGAUGUGAAGAGUCCCAAGAAAGUUGAAAAUGCACAGAAAGCUGUUUUAAUAGGGACAGGAGGUGCCCACAGCUUUGCUGUUGCUAGUCUGGACUGAUACUGAAAUUGGUGACUGAUUGUUUUUGUUAAUAAAAUUACUUUCAAUGGCAUUGCUCUGUGGAGGCACCAAGGAUACAUCCUGACAUUUGAGUAAAAUUCACGUCGACAGCAAAAUGGUUCAAAGUGAGACUUAAUGAGAGAAUGUCAAGUUUUUAUACUAAACCUCUUAACAAAAAUAAUAUAAGUCUACAAAAAUUUCUCUUAAAAGCCUUUUGUCAGAUCAUUCCAUAUAAACCAUCAGCUUUGAAGCAAAACGCCAACAAAAAUAAUGCAGUACAAAAUAACUUUCAUUUAUAUGGUAUGUGCUAUGGGAUUAAGACUAGCUUGAUAUAAUUUUUGUGUUUUAUUCUGGUCACAUGGAACUAUGUAUUGCCAUUAAAAAUUUAAGUUUUGUUGCUCACUCUUGGCUGUUUGACUUAGCGUAUAUGAUAUACAAGGGUAAGCCAAUUAUUUUUGUUUAUUUUGGUACUACUUUGCUAGGUUGGUUGUUGUUGGGUUGUUUUUGGGGAAGGAGACCAGACAGCGAGGUCAUCGGUCUCAUCGGAUUAGGGAAGGACAGGGAAGGAAGUCGGCCGUGCCCUUUGAAAGGAACCAUCCCGGCAUUUGCCUGGAGCGAUUUAGGGAAAUCACGGAAAACCUAAAUCAGGAUGGCCGGACGCGGGAUUGAACCGUCGUCCUCCCAAAUGCGAGUCCAGUGUCUAACCACUGCGCCACCUCGCUCGGUGCUAGGUUAGUUUCGUUAUAGCUGCUGUGCUGGUAAUCAUGGCUGCUUUGCUGUCUAUUUGCACCAUAGAAGAGUAACAUUCAGUGAUCUGGUUUUUUGUGGUCGGAAGGCGUGGGGCCAAAAUUCAUCAAAGACUUUCGGUACAGUACGGAAACAGCGUUUUGCCACAACAGAGUGUGUACAAAUGGAAUGAAAAAUUCCAAAAUGGUCACACAAGUGUUAUGCACGAUGAAGGAGCCAGACGAUCAUUUACCGCCACAAAUGAAGAAACCAUUGAGUGUUCACGUGAAAUGAUUCUCUUAGACAGACAAUUAACUAUUGAUGAAGUGGCACAUUGUCUGCAAAUUAGUCAUGGUUCUGCCUAUGAAAUCAUCCACAACAGACUUCGAUUUCAUAAAGAUAGUGCAAGAUGGGUCCCAAAAAACUCAUACAGUUGCAUAAACAAAUGCACUUGGACAUCUGCAAAAAAACAUUUGGAUUGCUGUGGUAACAAACGGGACAACUUCUUAGAAAGGGAUCACUACUGGUGACAAAAAAUGGAUACAUUAUUACGAGCCAGAGAGUAAACAGAAGAGUAUGGAAUGGAAACAUCCAAAUUCGCCAUGCAAGAAAAAGUUCAAGACCCAACUGUCCGCAGGAAAACUGCACUUAUGGUUUUUUGGGACGCGCAAGGUCCAGUACUGGAACAUUAUGGGGAAAGGGGCACAACAAUAAACAGCGUACAUUACAGUGAGACGCUUACUGCCAGGCUAAAGCCUGCAAUUCGAAGCAAACUUGGAGGAUUGCUGUCAAAAGGGGUUGUGUUGUUGCUCAAUAAAGCAUACUGCUGCCCACACUGCUGAAACGCUCCAGAAACUCAAAUUUGAAGUACUGGAUCAUCCUCCAUAUAGUCCUGAUCUUGCCCCAGCUGACUAUCACUGUCUGGUCCAUUCAAACGUGCAUUAAGGGGCUGUCGAUUUGCCUCGGAUCAAGCAGUGAAAGAAGUGGUGCAGUCCUGGCUCGCAACUCAACUGAGAACCUUCUUUUAUGAGGGCAUCAGGAAGCUUGUACAGUGAUGGACCAAGUGCUUUGAAAUGCAAGGAGACUAUGUCGAAAAAUGAUGUUCUUGUAAGUUUCCUAUUUGGUUACAAAAAAAUUUUAUAACUACUUUGCGAAUAAUAAUUGACUUACCCUCGUAUUUCAUUCAACAGGGUCACUGACUAUAUCACCAUUUCUUAUGAAUGAAUAUGAGUAGUACAUUACCAAACAGAAUGCAACUACAGUCUAAUGUUUAGUGUGUCGACCUACUUACGUGGAGUUUCCAGGUUAGGUUCUACGUGACCAUAUAUUUUUCUGCAGUAAAAUGAUCCUGAAACAGAUCCUCCAUUCUCACCAGGCCAACUGAGAACCUGCUUUAGCAAAGAAGUUGGGAACUAACAUGCAGCCACUGAAGUGGCAUCAACUCAAAAAAUUCGUGCCAGAUUGAGACAUAUGUGACCCCCCCCUUUUUUUACUGUCCUCACCCCAUUGCUUUUCUUCUAUUUGGAGCAUGUUUUUCUGACUUUACAGUCAUCUGGUCAUUGUACAAAUGGAGGACAUUACCUUUUCACAGAGAUGAUGGAGGAUCCCUAAUGCAUUUUCUUCAUUUUCAUACAAUUUAAGAAAUUGAAAUAAUCUGCACUACAUCACAGCAAAGUCCCUUGAAGGUUUGCAAGGUAUCCACUAGAAUAUGCAAUUCAGUUCUGUUGAUGAGCACUGACAAAAAACUGGACAGUUCUCUUUGAAGGAUAUUUUUUUGGAGAUAAACACUCUUCAGAUCAUCACUGUGUGGCUCAUCCAGCCCGUUCCAGUAACCGUAUAACAUUCCAGGUGGCUCAGUAAUAUUUUUAAGUUUAAGCUUUUAAAGAAACUGUAGGUUUAUUAGAAUUACAUUCAACUUAUUUUACGCAAUCAUUGAUGCUUGGUUGUUGUUCAUCGUUUUUAGGAUUUGGAUGUGAACUGCACUCAAUUUGUCAUACCGAUUACUCUGACACUUGCAAUACAGCCCAGGUCCUCUGAAAGCUCAAAGGCAUGAUUGUAGGUUUCAAAUUAUCAGUUUGAGUCAGUGUUGGGGGGCAAGGGGAAAAAGCAAAAUACAGGGAAAAAGUGUCUGGUGAUAUUAUUAGUGACAGGUGAGAGAAGAAUGUGAGAAUGGAACUUAAUGUGACCCAAAAAAAUGAAGCAAAGAAUAUUUUCUGCAGUGUAAAGACUGUCUAAAACGGGGAAACAAUUGUGGUGGAGGUGGCUAGCAGAGAAAUGAAUAAAGAUACAGAACUUCACAAUCAUUAUGAGAUGGAAGUAGCUGGAAGUGUGUGUUGUAGAAUAUCAAUGACAGAUAGAGGUGGGAUAUCUGAAUACUUUGAGUGAUGAAAGAUGAGUACAUGUAAAAUGUGGCACAGGACUGGUUUUGACACACUGUGUUGUUUGUUCUCUGUUAAACUAAAGCACUUAAAAGUACCUGUUGGUUUGCUAAUUCCCACUCUUACACUUAUGCAGUACCACCUUAUGUGAGACACUGGUGUGCCUUAUCUGUCAGGAGGCAAAUCAACAACUGAAGAAAAUUAAGCAUUCUAUAUGCCAAAACUAAACAUGGUAUCCUUGUACACAGGGAAUCUGAGUUCUGGAAUAGCUAGUUCUACACAGAAGUUCUAUCACAAGUCACAGACUUUCAACAUAUUUACUUCAAUUCUUAGGCUUCUUCUUACACCAUGAUGGUGAUAAGCGUAUGUAAGACUUCUUGUUUGUUGCUACAGUCUGUGUUUGUGAGUAAAGCAUUAAUUUUUUCCCCUGACACCUAGCAAGUGCACUCAUAGAUAAACAUCAACAAUCAAACAUGUUUUUGAUGUAUGGAGAAGCUUUUCUUUGGAAAAGGCUCCAAACAGAACUAGUGCAAGUAAUGGUAUGAAUCGGGCUUGCAAAACUGCUAUCUGUAACUUCAACUUAAUGGUACACAUUGUUCUGUCACCUCUUUUUGUAAUAUAACUCUAAUGAAUUCUCCACUGUUUUUGUAAAUUGAAGAUCAAUUGUGAGCACUUGAUCUACAAAUAAUCGAUUGUUUCACAAGGAAGGGCCUUUGUUCAUCAUAAACUAAAUUUUCGCAUAGUGAAAGUUAGUUCUGAUGUAAUACAACAGACAAUUUUGGCUGCUUCAUAAAACUGCCUGAAGUGGCCCAAUUCUUUCCAAAUCACUCUUUAUACUGAUGUUUAUUUUAUCACAUUUCUUUGUAUGACUUUUCAUAUUUGGGCUCCCUUUUCAAAAUUACUCCCAAUGUUACUGACAUUUAUUGGAAAUUAGAUUAUUCUUUGUAUCAGCAGGCUUUUUGGGUUAUAAUUUCCAUUAACUACUUCAGCAAAGUCUGAUAUGAGAGCACUCUCAAUUUACUUUUUGAUACUUACUGUGAACAGCAUUCUGAAGCAACUGAAGUAUUGAUGUACACGGUCCAAAUACCAAGAUACAUACAGGUAAUUUACCCUCCUAUUACUAUGUCAAACCAGUUCGGUCAAUAACUACAAACAUAAUUUACAUGUGAACACAAAUGACAAUCUGGAGGAUUCCCAAAUUCUAUUUUGAUCCAGUGAAUUAUACUGAAAAGUAGCCUACAUGUCACUGAAAAGGAUCAUUUGAGUCAUCAUAAGAUACUUCAUAGUUAUGACUUAGGGCCCGGUUGGUCUCAUGAUGCAACAAGCCAGCAUAAUGUAAGAAGUCACUUCAGGUGAAGGUUCUGUAGAGUUUUCAGUCAGUGAGCCCAGUUAUUAGCAGAGUGAUGGAAGUGACAGUGCAGACAAUUCAAUUCUAGUAAACAGUGUGGUAGCAAUACUGACAAUGCCAUACUGAUGUGAAGCAGUAUAUUUUUAUUUUAUGCUGAAUAACAAUAAACAAUAAUCACUCACAGUUUUUGUUUGCUACUUAUACUUAUUAAUUUUCCUCAAACAUUAUGCGACACCUAAAGUUGCAACCUUUAUCAAAUAAAUAACUACAAGAGAAGUGUGACAAUUUAGAAUCUAUAUCUUGAUUGUGUGUGUAUUUUUUGCAUUGCUGUGGACAUUGUUAUUUUUUAUUCUGUCGACUGUAUAAUACAAUAGUGCGUGUAACUUUUAACAUGUUAAUGUGUACAAUAAAUCUUACAGUUCCAAUCAGAUACUGACAGCAAAUUAGUCUACUAACAGUUAUGGACCCAGGCUAUGUAUAUAACAGUUAAUGCAAUGGUUUCUGUAAAUACAAAUUCGAUUCUGAAACUGAUGGGAAGAAAAAACUAUAGUAUGUGGCAGUUUGCUAUGCAUAUGUAUCUAGAAUACGAACAGUUCU